AUGACGUCUCGUUUUGGCAUACCGGCUGCCCUGCUGUUCAGCCUCUUAGUUUCGUCACUUUUUCCUGAGCUCGUGUCCUGCAAGACGAGACACUACACGUUCAACAUUGUGAGACGUAACUUGACGAGAUUGUGCAGCACGAAAAGCAUAAUUACCGUCAACGGGAAAUUUCCUGGGCCAAGGCUCGUUGCAAGAGAAGGCGACCGAGUUCUAGUCAAAGUGGUCAACAACGUGUCAAACAAUGUCACGAUUCAUUGGCAUGGAAUACGACAACUUAGAAGCGGAUGGGCCGACGGGCCCGCUUAUGUCACGCAAUGCCCGAUUCAAACGGGCCAAAGCUACACUCACAACUUCACGGUUACGGGACAAAGAGGAACCUUGUUUUGGCACGCUCACAUUUCGUGGCUUAGGGCCACACUUUACGGGCCAAUUAUCAUCCUCCCCAGACAAAACGAAACUUACCCCUUCAAAAAACCAUACAAGGAAGUUACCAUGAUGUUUGGGGAGUGGUGGAAAACGGACCCUGAGGCAGUUAUCAAUCAGGCCCUUCAGACGGGCGGAGGCCCGAACGUUUCGGAUGCAUACACUAUUAACGGGCUUCCCGGGCCCUUGUACAAUUGUUCUUCUAAAGAUACUUUCAGGAUUAAGGUGAAGGUCGGGAAAACGUACAUGCUUCGUCUGAUAAAUGCAGCCGUGAACGACGAGCUAUUUUUCAGCAUAGCUAACCACAGUCUCACCAUAGUCGAAGCCGAUGCCACGUAUGUGAAGCCAUUUUCCACGAAUGUAAUCCUAAUAGCCCCGGGCCAAACAACAAACGUCCUACUCCAAACCAAACCUCACCAUCCAAACUCGGCCUUCCUCAUGGCCGCUAGGCCUUACGUUACCGGCAAGGGCACUUUCGACAAUUCAACAGUCGCCGGUUUCCUCGAAUACGAGCACCCAUCCACAAAUACAACCAAAAUCUACAAACCCAUACUUCCACAAAUAAACAACACGAUUUUUGUCGCCGAUUUCGCCAGCAAAUUUCGAAGUUUAAACGACCCGAGACACACUUCAUCAACCGCCUUCCCAGAAAAGGUCGAUCGGCAAUUCUUAUUCACAAUCGGGCUCGGCACGAGCCCAUGUGGGCCCAAUGCGAAAUGUCAAGGCCCGAACGGGACGAAAUUUGCGGCCUCGGUGAACAACGUCUCAUUUGCUCUUCCCACGACAGCUCUUCUACAAACUUACUACAAGAAAUCAAAAUCAAACGGGAUACCAUCAUCGAUAUACACCGUCGACUUCCCGACCCAACCGUCAAGCCCGUUCAACUACACGGGCCCACCGCCUGAAAACACGAGCGUGGAAAACGGGACCCGACUCGCUGCCCUGGCUUUCAACACGAGUGUAGAGCUCGUUCUUCAGGACACGAGCAUUUUGGGUGCCGAGAGCCAUCCGCUCCAUCUUCACGGCUUUAACUUUUUCGUGGUGGGACAAGGAUUCGGAAAUUACGACCCGAGAGUGGACCCCACGGGAUUCAAUCUGGUGGACCCGGUGGAGCGGAAUACGGUCGGUGUCCCGUCGGGCGGGUGGGUCGCAAUCCGGUUUGUGGCGGAUAAUCCAGGAGUUUGGUUCAUGCACUGUCAUUUUGACGUGCACACGAGCUGGGGCUUGAGGAUGGCCUGGAUCGUGUUAGACGGGCCCGAACCGAGUCAAAAGCUUCCACCACCACCAUCCGAUCUCCCGAGUUGUUGA